AGACAUCCCAUGUCUGAUGACUUUCUGCCUCGACUGCAUCGCGACAUUGAGCUGUUCGAAGAGCUAGGCUUGAAUAUGCUCUUCGUUUUCAAAGCGGAUAACAUGAAAUCGCAUGACUAAGCUAUGCAGUUACUGAGUUAAGCCGGCAUAUAUGUGAUCACUUGCGUCGGUGACGCAACGGUCAGCUCGAUCAAUCGCAGACGUCCAUAUGAGUCUUAUUCAAUCCACUCAACAUGCGCUUAUACUUCAAGACCGUAGAUAUGAUGGCAAAGUAUAGGAACGCCCUGGGUUUAUUAGCCGCAUCUCUAUCGAUAGACGCAGACGAAAGUCUCAACGUCGCUCUUAUUAUCCAAACAGUCGUGCGAGACCUGAAACGAUACAUGGAUGCAAAGCACAAAGCCACUGGAUAGAGAGUUCUUCCCAUAGGCUGUGAUGCCGCGUCAAGUGGCGAGCGAGACCAAGUCGUGCUGGAUUAUCUGACUACUGGUAGCGUUGCAGGAUCGAUUGGUUUUUGGUCG